UGCCAGAAUUUGAGCCUAAUAAUCUCUAUUUUGCGAAUAUAUCUAGCGACCAACCUUUGCGAGGAUCCUGAAGGGUGCGGUGUAUUGUUUAAGCCUCUGGGCUGCUUCAGAGAUAGACGAAACGACCGAACACUUCCUCACUACAUCUACAACGAACGCGACAAAAGUAUUGCCAACUACGGAGGGCGGCUGAUUGACUGGGUGAAUUGGGGAAACUACCUCCCUGGAUUCAUCUGUCGCUGUGCCCAGAAAGCAAAGGAACUGGGUUAUGACUUGUUUGGAGUGCAGUUUUAUGGUAACUUUUAGUCUAGCAUGUUCAUAUUAAGAGAAUUACUCAACUACUCGACAAGCUCUUUGUCGUGCUUCAGACAAACCUCCGUGGGGCAGGUCCAGGAUUUUGACUGCAGGGGGGCGUUCUCCUUAGCUACAUAUGUAGCUUCUUUUGAAGAUAAGGAGAGGGGAGGACGAAUACCCAUGUACCUCUCCUAGACCCGCCCCCUUCUCUUUCUCUUCACGGACAUACAUGACAAGUUGGUUUCAUCAAAUUAGUUGAAACUUGAUGCUUUCGCCAUUGCCCCUACCCUGCGAGCAGAGGCCACAUUUUCGCUGUGUGAGUUGUCGUGCGAAAAGUAGCCUCUGCCGACAACCGUUCAAAUUCGUCCAGAAAUCUGGACGAAUAAAUUUAAAAACGGGUUUUCUCCCGUUUUUGACCGGUUUAGAGCAUUGCGUGAGUCUUGCGUAGCGGAUCAGGGUUAUUCCCGCGAAACUCGCGCCAUUUAACGACAGACCUGAAGAUUAAUUUUGCUUGCGAAUCGCGUGACGAAUUUUGCGCAUGCACGAUAGAAAAUUGAACGGUUGUCGGUAAAGGCUACUUUUCGCACGACAGCUCACACUGCGAAAAUGUAGCCUCUCCUCGCAGAGUACACUGCCCCCCCCCCCCCCCCCCCCCCCCCCCCCCCCCCCCCCCGUCCCUCCCCCCCGCCCACCCCCACCCCCACACACCAGACACCGAGGGCGGCGGGCAAGGCCAGCGCACAGGGAGCAAGGGGAGGAGGGGGAGAGGGGAGGACGAAUACCCAUGUACCUCUCCUAGACCCGCCCCCUUCUCUUUCUCUUCACGGACAUACAUGACAAGUUGGUUUCAUCAAAUUAGUUGAAGGGAAAAAAAAGGGGGGGGAAUCCCCCCCUUUUUUCCUUUCUUUCUUUCUUUUGAGUAAAAAUUUCAUUUCGGAUUUUUCCCGCCCCCCGAAAAAAAACCCCUUUUUUCCCCCCAAAAAUUUUGAAAAUGUUUUUUUUUCUUUUCCCCGGGUUUUUACCCCCGCCCCAAAGAAAAUUAAAAAAAAUGUUUGGGAAAAAGUUUGGGGGGGGGGGGGGGGGGGGGGCAAACAAGGUGCAUUUUGGGAGAUGUACAAGUGGUGAAUUGAGAGAGAGACGUCUGGGAACGAGCCGGCUUCUUUCACCACCUUCGGCAGUACUGGCUAGUUUAUUCUGUGGAAGAGCUAAAGCUUCAAACUUAGUUUUUAAUUUUUAUGCGUUGGCCUGAAUUUAACUUAUGAACCCAACUCCGCCAAAAGAACUAGAGCCACUCCCACACCACACACGCAACUUGGUUUCUUUAAAACUAACCCGUUCAUCUUCAAGAUUGAUUGAAGUUUUUUACAUAUCUAAUUCAGGUGAAUGUCACGCUGGCAGUAGUUCGUCGCAUCGUUAUUAUCGCCAUGGUAAAGGGAGAUGUAAGGACUGUAUUGGAACGGACCGCAACGACUGCAACGAAAGGAAAUUUUGUGCAGGACAGGCGCGGCGUAACAUGGUCUACAAAAUUGUUGGUGAGCUAGGUUAACUACUUUUUUACACAAAUGGGCUUGGCUAGUAUCGCUUUAAGAAAAAAGAUCUAUGUGACUUUGUGUGGUGUUGAUGUAAAAUCUACCUAAAAGUCGGACGCGAAUCUAUAGCUAUCUAUCUAUCUACCUACCUACCUACCUACCUACCUACCAACCUACCAAUCUAACUAACUCCAGGAGCCCAUAGCCAUGUGCAAAAUAGUCGGAAGACACUUUAGCAAAAUAACAGGUUUUCUUCCUUAAAUGUGCCUCAGCGGAUCCUUACGAUUAGAAAUUGUUUUUCUCCCUCCGAUCUACUUGUUAAUAGUUGUCACUGUAAGUUCUGAAUACCAUCUUGAAUGAUUGGAAUCGUUGGGCUGCUUUAGCAACAGAGAGAGAAAGUCAGUUGACGACUGCUCGCGCAAAUCAAACCACUGGCUUGGCCAAUGGCAGAGCGGCAAAUUGGGUACCGGAAGUCGAGUUCAGUCCUUUCCGCGCGCUUUCCCGUCGUCAAAUGACGUUCCCGUUCUAUUGCUAGAUCAGCCCGCUCGUUAUUGAUAUAGGGGGAGGGGUCAGGAAUCAUGCGGAGUCUGAUAAAUAACAACCUCGGUUCCAGGAUCCUCGCCUACAGUUCCCCUCUCUCGCUCCGGGUAACGAGUAGGAGAGGACCCUGGGAACGAGGUUGGAUAAACAACCGGUUGUUGGCUAUUAAAUAAAUGAAUAAAUCAAUAUCUUUGUCCUUUAAUCAACUGAUAAGUUAAGAAACAAGCUUCGAAAUGUUUUCUGAUUCGGCGUGCGAAUAUUUAGAUCUUUGCAGCGUCAGCUUUGAGAGGAUUGGAUGUUUCAAGGAUAAAACAGACCAGCCACGCCUACUUCCGUCGUAUAUUCUAACCGACAGAGAUGAGCAGAUUCAAAACCCAGUCUUCAGCGGUCAACUUAUUGACUGGAAAAACUGGUAUGAGCAUCUCCCGAGUUUCGUGUGCCGCUGUGCACAACAAGCGCAGAAAAAAGGAUGGAGAAUCUUUGGGAUUCAGUACUGGGGUGAGAAUAUUUUAUUGAACUAGUAAUAACAUAAGCUUACGGGGUGAGGGCGACAACGCUCGAAGGUCAAAACGCUUUUAUUCCAACGCGGCUGUACUUUGCGUAAGUUCACGUGAUAGAUGGCCAAAACACGCAUGAUCAAAUUACGAGUGAUAGAAGGUCCAAACGCGUGUGAUCAAAAUGUGAUCAGAUUGCCCUCUGUGCAUUGCAUUCAUCCUUAGUGGAAGUCUAAACGAAACUGGCUAUACGUACUGUGCAUGCGUAAUAGCCACCCGGAGAUUAGGAUUGCGGGCUCUUCUUAUCGCCCGCAAUUAAGCAGUAAACUAGUAAUAACCAAAGGUUAGGGGAUGCAGGCGAGAACGAUCGAAGGUCUAAACGCUUUUGCUCCAUUGCUGUGCUUUGCGUAAGUUUCACUUGUAAGAAAGGCAAAACACGCGUGAUCAGAGUACGAGGGGUAGAAGGUCGAAACGCGCGUGGUCAAAUUGCGUUUUGUGCAAUCCAUUCAUUCUUAGUGGACGUCCAAAAGAAUACUGGCUACAUACAUGCGACGCAUGCGUAGUAACAACCUGGAGAUUAGGAUUGCGGGCUCCUCUUGUCGCCCGCAAAAAUGGGAAGCCACACUUAAAUUUCAACUUUCUAACUAACCAAAGUCUUACGAAGCUCCCAGUUACAACAGAUAUGUAUCGGUGAUCGAAAAAAAAGAACUGCAAUGACGAAUAUUUACUUACGAAUACUUAAUCCUUAUGUAUAGAUUUCCAGAGCUAAAAGCGAUGCUCUCGUUAAUAUCUUUAGUUUACUCAAACAAAAUAUAAAAUAGUGUAAUGCUAAGCGGCGACGGCAACAAAAACAGCCAAAAAAAUCAGCAGGUCUAAUUAGAGAAAAAAACAAUUUUGCACGUGCAGUACACUUUUUAUGUACAUUUCUUUGUCGUUGUUUUGCGCGGGUGCUUGAAAUGCAAAAUCUCACCCUGGCUUACAUGAAGGGGUGGACGUACGUACGGACGAUUUACCAGUAACGCCUACCCUUUCUCAGAACCAAAAUUUCUUGGAUGCAAGGGUAACCAAAUUUUCUUACCCAUGGUGCUCCGCUGCGCGCGGUUUGCGCGCGCGAGAGCUCCGCUAUCAUUUCUUUAUUUAGGUGAAUGUUGGAGUGGAACCGACGAUUCCCCGUUCUUUUUGGAAGGACAUGCGCGACGGGGACAGUGUGCUGACCAGUGCUACAACGAUUGCGGAUGUUCCACUAGGUUUUGUGCAGGAAAAAACUUCACUAACGCUGUUUAUGCCAUAAGUAAGCUUCUUAAAAUGCUAAUAUAA